AAGUGGUGAUGCAGGAUGGAUGUAGAUCAUUGGAUGUAUGAUUAGGUUACUAUUGUAUGUACAAUGUACCAUGUACAGAGCUCAUUGUUAGGUAGUUGCUAUACUGUAAGCGCCGAUGCAUACUUGCGAAGGCCUACGAAACAGUCGAAGUUUUGAUGGAACAGCAUCCGAUGAUCCAACAGGCGGAAGAUGAAACAUCCCGAAUGUUCGAUUCCCCGAGGAGAAGGCGAACAAUUCAGAGUUCAGACCCCCCUGGAGUCCUCCAUACUCCGUACUCGCAAAGUAAUCCAUCGUGUGCACCACCCAAACAAACAACGAUCAACGGCAACCGCCCAACCCACACCGACCAGCCACGGAGCCGAGCUGCUGAUGAAGCGAAGUACAUCAGUGGAGCCAUCAGCAGAGCAACCUACUCCGUCAAGCAAACGCAAACCAAACCCAAGCAGCCAAACAAACAAAAACAACCCUCCACAAACAAUCUCCCACGAUAAGAAUAACAACGACCGGUCCAGUUUUUCUCCCCCGGCCCAACCACUCACCGUGCCGAGGAGGGCAGACAGAACCACCGCCACCUGACAAGCAUCAAGUGGGUGGCUGCAGCUCCGAGCCAUGGUUCGAAA